AUGAGUUCGAGUGCAACACCAGUCAAGGGCCGCCCACUCAGCACGGCCCAGGGUUUCCUCUGUGGCGGCGCGGCGGCAUGCGUGGCGGUGACAUUUUCAAACCCCCCAGAGGUGGCAAAGACGCGUCUGCAGCUGCAGGGUGAGCUGGCGAAGGAUGGUGGUGUGAAGGUGUACAAGCACACUCUGGACGUUUUGCAGAAGACGUGGAGGCACGAGGGCAUCAAGGGAAUCCAGAGGGGUCUCGGUCCCGCUUAUCUGUAUCAAAUCCUCCUGAACGGAUCCCGUCUCGGUUUCUACGAGCCAAUACGACACAAUGUAAACAAGCUACUCGGUUUCUCUCCUACGGAGCAGCGACCAUAUACCUCAAUCCUUGCCGGUGCCGCAAGCGGUGCGAUUGGUGCAUCUCUUGGGAACCCACUGUUCUUGAUCAAGGCGCGGUUGCAAGCAUAUUCACCCGCUCUGCCCGUUGGCACCCAACACUAUUACAAAAGCGCAUGGGAUGCCUUCACUACGAUCUUUCGGAGAGAAGGACUGCGGGGCCUUGUCCGUGGGGUCGAUGCUGCUAUUCUGCGUACGGCAAUGGGUUCAUCUGUUCAAUUGCCCUCAUACAACUGGACGAAGAACCAGCUCGUCUCGCGUGGAAUUCUGCCCGCCGAUAGCGUUUGGACGUACUUGGCGAGUAGUUCUGUCUCAGGCAUGUGUGUGCUGACAGCAAUGCAACCUGCUGACACGGCACUGACUCGUGUCUAUAACCAACCGACACACCAGCUACCGAACGGCAAGUAUGUCGGCACGCUAUACAAGAACCCGAUAGAUUGUCUAUGGAAGACGCUGAAGACAGAGGGUCCGCUGGGGUGGUACAAAGGGUCUACGGCGCAUUUCUUCCGGAUAGCACCGCAUACAAUCAUCACGCUUACCGCUAACGACAUCAUCGUGGGGUUGUACAAGAAGUUCCGUGACAGGAACCUUGAUUGAUCCCUGUUCCGCGGUAUCCUUGCAUACGUUACGUGACACGUUCGGGGCAGACAUCUCGCUAAUGCCUGUACUCUCAUUGCCAUUCGUAUUCAUAGAUGCUCCGACGACUAUAUGCGCGGGCUGGCGAUGUCAGGCAAUCGCUGUGGGUUUUGUACAGGACAUGUAUACUGUCUAACAUUCGUUAUGCAUGAGCGGCUGGCUGACCACACGCUAGAGUCAGGGACGAAUCUCGGAGAAAUGACUGCUCCUCGAGGGUGUCUUCUUUGCAGUGCGUAGGCAUCUGUCCUUGAGCGCGAGAAGCAUGAGGUCAACUGAUCCAUUUCCCGUCCUCAAUC